GGCUCGCUACCUCAUGGUAAAUUAUUUGCCGACGGAAUCUUCCCUUUGCCCACUAACACUGCAGACAUCUCCAUAUUCGUUUGCACCCCUGCGUUUUCUGCUUUGUUCAGUCUUGUUUUGUUGGGUCUGUCGUGCUUUGGUGAAGUAGUGUCCAGUGCACCCGGCAUAAAGAAAUAGUUCGUUCUGAUUGCUUCGUUGUUGCAAGGCCCUUUUUCUGGAUUUCCACGCUUGCCGUUUUCUUGACACCGAGAUAACUAUAACAUAAUAAUUCGCCCAAUGGCUGGGCAAUCGAAAGCACGGCUCUCUCCGUGGGAGAGCGCUGUUGCUGGUGCCACUGGAGCUGUCCUUGCAAAUGCAAUCGUGUAUCCGUUGGACAUUGUUAAGACUCGCCUCCAAGUCCAAGUGAAAUCGCAAAAACUGACGAACGGAAACGCCAACCAUGAUGACGACCAGCAGCAUUACGAGUCCACGUUGGAUGCGAUCAAGAAAAUAAUUGCCUAUGAGGGCGUCGAAGGGCUAUAUUCGGGGAUUAGUGGCUCCCUGGUCGGUGUGGCCUCGACAAAUUUUGCAUAUUUCUACUGGUACUCGAUCGUGCGAACCCUAUACAUGAAAUCGAACCUCCCUCAUCCUCCCAAUACUGCCAUCGAGCUCUCCCUUGGUGCGAUUGCUGGUGCUGUUGCCCAAAUUUUUACGAUACCAGUUUCGGUUGUCACAACCAGACAGCAGACUCAAAAGAAGGGCGAAAAGAAAAGUUUCAUGGAAACCGGCAAGGAGGUGGUCAAUAGUGAUGACGGCUGGAGUGGAUUAUGGAGAGGACUAAAGGCCAGCCUUGUUCUUGUUGUGAAUCCAGCAAUCACAUACGGAGCCUAUCAACGAUUGAGGGAUGUUAUCUUUCCUGGGAAAACCAAUCUGAGACCCUGGGAGGCCUUCGUUCUGGGAGCCUUGUCUAAGUCGCUUGCUACAAUUACUACCCAGCCAUUGAUUGUCGCGAAGGUGGGCCUACAAUCUCGUCCACCGCCAUCGAGAGAAGGAAAGCCUUUCAAAACAUUUGGCGAAGUCAUGGCCUACAUCAUUGAGCACGAGGGAAUUCUUGGUUUGUUUAAGGGAAUUGGACCUCAGAUCCUCAAGGGUGUUCUGGUCCAAGGCCUAUUGAUGAUGACCAAAGAGAGGAUCGAAUUGCUUUUCCUUUUAUUCUUCGCCUACCUUCAGAAGGCGAGGAGGAACAAGCUUAAAGAAAUGGCGAAUGCUGCAGCCGACAAAGCAAAGAGCACAUUGCCGCUCACAACGAAAUGAAUGGCGACUCAGUACCUGCCUAAUUCUUGCUUUCGGUGACUUUCUAUAUGGAAUUAUAUAUCCGUACAAAAGGGGUUUGAAGAGCUCCAUGCAUUUAUGCUUCUAUUUCUCUGUUUAGGGUGGAUUGGUAAAGGCUUCGCACUUUGUUUCUUCCAAAGUUUGGUCGGUUUCUUGGUUCAAAUGUGGGAGUUGGAUCCGAAGAAACAACGGAACCUUGUGUACAUGUAUUGCUUUCAAUGUA